AUGCCUAGCGUGCAGCAGGUAAAAUUUAAUCAAGCCUUGGAAUGUUAUGAAUCGGCGUUAGAAUGUAUCCUAUACUUGGAACCAUAUUAUGUUUCAGCAGUAAUUUUUAGUACUAUUGGAGAUAUCUAUGAGCGACAUAAACAUGAUAAUUUAAAAGCAUUACAGUAUUAUAAAAGUGCAUUAAAUAAUGCAUUAAGAUAUGGUUCUAAUGAGGAUGUGCAUUUAUACAGAGAAAAUGUUGAAUCAAUUCAAAAACAAAUAUCAAAUAUUAGAUGUCGAUCAACAUCUCCACCGGUACACUCUAAAAAAAAAGCGACGUGUGUAAAACCUAAAAGGGUUUAG